AGUUAUUCCAUUUCCUACAAUCUAUUUCCAAAACAAUUCUUAUUUUGUGGGAUGUAGAUCAAGAUCGCGAUCGAUCCAGAGGAUGGCGCGCGAGUACUCGUUGCAGCUGCGCGUGACCAGCUUCUCCGAGUCCAAGGACGUAACUUGCGUCAGCUUUAGUGGGCUCUUCGAGGGAGAGGCCGCGUGCACCGAAGAUGGCCUCUGGUGUUUUGCAGGUAUGUUAUAUGUUGAGAAUUAACCUGUAGAAGUUCUUCUCUUGCCGAUUUGAUUAUUUCCGAAACCUGUAGUUCUCUUGCCGAUUUGAUGAUGAUGAUAGUAAUCCACUCGGAUUAAUAGAGGACCUGCUGUUGCCCAUUUUCAUUUAUUAUAGCCCCCUGAUUCGUUUUGUGAUUGUGUUUUAGAGUGUUUCUUCUACACUCUGCUCAGUCUUUAGCUUGUGAGUGUUCGUAGACAGCGUCCUGCGAAGACGCUCUUCGGAAAGCACGGCAAACAGCACUCACAUUGUACUUCUAUCAGUCCCAGCCGAGAAAGAAGAAGGCGAGGAGGAGCCUGCAGAGGGAGAAGAGACGCUUCCCAAACCGCGUUUGUAUACAGCAGAAAGUCUCAGAAUUGGAAUCCCCUCAGAAUCUGCGCUUUUAGACAAGGUUUCG